CUAGCACAUUUAUUUGGUUCUCUCAAGGUAGUAGUCGGCAACCCGUGGCUCUUAAGUGCCGCCCUAAUGGCUUUCUGGCGCUUUUAAUUGAUUGAUUGAAACUUUUAUUAGAUUGCACAGUACAGUACAUAUUCCACACAAUUGACCACUAAAUGGUAACACCCCAAUAAGUUUUUCAACUUGUUUUAAGUCUGGGUCCACCUUCAUCAAUUCAUGGUAACUUUUGGUAGCUUUUUAAAAAAUGUAAAAAGACUAAGGGAAAAAAUAUAAUUGUUUUAAUAUGGUUUCUGUAGGAUAAACAUGACACAAACCUCCCUAGUUGUCAUAAAGCACACUGUUUAAUACAAACAUGCUUCACUGAUCUUCACUGACUUAUUUGGUUACUGCAAGCUAAUCGAUGCUAACAUGCUAUUUAGGCUAGCUAUAUUGCAUCAUUAUGCCUCAUUAGUAGCUAUAUUUGAGCUCAUUUAGUUUCCUUUAAGUCCUCUUAAUUCAAAUUAUAUCUCAUGACACACUAUCUAUGGCUUUUAAAUUAGUUUUGCGGCUACAGACAGAUUUGUUUUCGUAUUUUUGGUCCCAUAUGGCUCUCAACAUUUUGGGUUGCUGACCCCUGUCUUAAGGGAACCCAAACUCAAUCAUCUUUAUGCUUUUUACAAAACAAUUGUAACCCCUGACCUGGGGGUUUGGACCACAGCUGACACCCAAAAAAGUACACUUCCAGCAUCUCACUAUAAACACAACCUUUUGGAGUGGUUUGUGCUUCACAUUAAAGCUCUGCGUUGUGUACUGUUAUUGUAGGAAUAAAGUUAGUAAACAACUCUUUUUAAGAUGAGAUGCCAUAUGUACCUGGAGUUGUCAAUAGAAAUGCACAAAGUAAGGCGCUUAAAAAAACUCUUGUGAACCUAUUGAAUAUUUCCGAUAGAUCUACAAGUUGGUAUCAUGUUCACUCAGUUUUUCCUCUGUUUUAUUUCAUGUCAGUGCUCUUAUUUUUGUUCCGUUUCCUUCUUAUCUGAGUGCUGUUUCCCCUCAGCUGUGGCUGAUUGGCACCUGGCCACACCUGGUGUCAAUCAGCCAGCUGCUAUUUACACCUGCCUUAACUGCACCCAAACAGUCAGUGCUGGAGUAUUGUAAGCUGAUAGCUGUAGUUUCUCGUUUCCUGCUCUUGGUUUGCAUUUUUUUCCUGAAUUUUGGACAUUAAAUCCUGCUUUCCUGCACCGAGUCUGCCAUCUUUGCAUCUUGGGGAACUUCUUCCGGAACGCCCUUCCAGCCGCACAAGCUCUCAGGACGUGCGCGUGCCUGCCAUUCAGGGGUUGCCACCGCCCUUAGAGCGGUCCACGGCUGACCUACCUGUCCCAGAUGACAUCAACCAGGCCCCGGUUGGAACUUAUGACCCGUGCUCAGGACCCCCCUGCCUUCAGACAGCUGGCCGCCGCAUUGCUCGUUUCCUAAGCAGACUUGCUGUUGUUGUCGUUGUUGUUGUCGUCUCUCCUGCAACCAUCACUUUGAGGCAUCGUCUCAGAAUCAUGGAGAGCUCUCCUUCCACGUCCUGGAGAGGACACAUUCUGCUCAGGCAAAUACGGAGCUUUUCUCCCCACGGCUUCACGACAGAAGUCAAAGAGUUAUCUCUGAUGGCGCUUCCUGUGAUUUUGGCCAACCUCAUGUUUUUUGGUGUGAGUUUUAUCAGCACGGUCUUUUGUGGCCAUUUGGGCAAGGUGGAGCUGGCAGGUGUAGCUCUGGCCAUAGCGGUUGUUAAUGUGACGGGCAUAUCUGUUGGCGCAGGGCUGGCGUCCGCAUGUGAUACUUUGAUUUCUCAGACAUUUGGGAGUGGCAACCUUCUGAGAGUCGGGGUGAUCCUGCAGAGGGCAAUCCUCAUUCUGAUUCUGGCGUGUUUUCCCUGUUGGGCCGUCCUCAUCAACACUGAGUCCAUUCUGCUGGCUGUAGGACAGGAGCCUGAGGUUGCCAGGUUGUCUCAGUUGUAUGUGAAGAUCUUCAUGCCAGCGCUACCAGCUACAUUCAUGUUUUCACUGGAAACAAAAUACUUGCAAAAUCAGGGCAUCAUAUGGCCACAAGUCAUCACCGGCUUUGUGGUCAAUCUCAUCAACAUCCUCUUUAACUACAUUUUCCUCUUUGCAUUAAAUCUGGGUGUAGCAGGCUCAGCUCUUGCCAACACUCUGUCCCAGUUCUACUUGGCUGGGGUCCUCUACGCUUACAUCCUAUGGAAAGGUGUUCACAAGGCCACCUGGGGAGGUUGGUCCAAAGAUUGCCUACAGGACUGGAGCUCAUUCAUUCACUUGGCCAUUCCCAGCAUGGUCAUGUUAUGUGUGGAGUGGUGGACAUUUGAGCUUGGCAGCUUACUGGCAGGUCUUAUAAGUGAAGUGGAGCUCGGAGCUCAGUCAGUCGUGUACGAGCUGUCCAACAUUGCUUUCAUGUUCCCAUCAGGCUUUAGCGUGGCGGGCUGUGUUAGAGUGGGAAAUGCCCUCGGAGCUGGAGACACAGAGCGGGCCAAGCUGUCUGCAAAACUCUCCUUUUUCUGUGCAGGAUCUGUCUCUGUGUGCUGGGCCGUCAUCAUUGGAAGCCUGAGGGAUCACAUUGCUUAUGUCUUUACGUAUGAUGAACAAAUCCGAGUGAAGGUUGGCAAGGUUGUGUUGUUUUAUGCUCCGUUCAUCAUCCUGGAUGCAGUUUCAGCGGCCACGGGAGGAAUAAUACGAGGAACAGGUACGCAGAAACUUGGGGCGAUCUGCAACGUGGUGUGUUAUUACGGGGUGGCUUUACCUCUCGGAGUGCCGCUGAUGUUUGCAGCCAGACUAGGAGUCGGUGGUCUGUGGAUAGGACUGUGCACAGGUGUGUUCCUGCAGUGCUGCUUCCUGGUUGUCUACCUGGUGAGAAUGAGCUGGAGUAAAGCUACCGUUGAGGCCCAGGUGAGAGCUGGUGUUUGUGUCAACUCAGAUGAGCCACAAAGCUGUCAGGACCAAACACACACAAACAAUCCGGGGACGGUGCACACGGUGGACCAAGAAGUGGUCCAGAGGAACGUGGUCGUGCGUCGUGUUCUGACUCUGGCCCUCAUGCUCCUCGUCCUGGCCGCUGGGAUCAGCGCCAACCUGCUGGUAACAAACCUGGUCACGUGACUCGAAAAGCGACUGCGUUCCUGGGUUUUUGGUCGCAAAGUUUGUCGCCAGACGUGAUGCAGUGGUCUACGUCACGAGAGGCCACAGAUGAACUGGAAAUUAGUUUUCAUGGGAACGGACGGACUAGAGAAAGAAAAUCACCACAUGACACUGCUAUCAAAUUACUGUAAUUGCUUAGAAAAUCUUAAUUAUCUUUUCUAAUGAUACUUUUUUUAGUUAGGAGUCAGAGUGAGGCUACAACAUUGUUGUAAAACAGCCUAUGCCAAAAUGUUGCCAUGGUAUAAGUGGUAUAUAAGUAUAAGUAGUACAAUAGCCAGCUACUUAAUACUCGGGACACACAGUUAAAGGGGAACAUUAUCAGCAGACCUAUGUAAGCCUCAAUAUAUACCUUGAUGUUGCAGAAAAAAGACCUAAUGUUUUUUUAACCGAUUUCCGUACUCUAAAAUGGUGAAUUUGGCGAUUUAAACGCUUUUCAAUUGAUAGCCUGUCGGAGCGAUCCGCCAUUUUCUCAAUCUUAUUACACGCGCCAAGUCAAAUCAGCUCUGUUAUUUUCCGUUUUUUUGACUGUUUUCCCAUACCUUGGAGACAUCAUGCCUGGUGGGUGUGUUGUCGGAGGGUGUAACAACACCAACAGAGACAGAUUCUAGUUGCACCAGUGGCCAAAAGAUCCGAAAGUCCCCGGUUUGUUCCGCACUCUUUACCGACCACAGCUAUGCUACGACAAAGAUGGCAAGAAUGUGUGGAUAUCCUGUGACACUCAAAGCAGAUGCAUUUCCAACCAUAAAGUCAACGAAAUCUGCAAUAUUGGAAAAUAGACCACUGAAUCUGCCGGAGUGCCUCGGGAGCUAUUCAGGGACGACGAGCGAGGUAAACCCCCCCUGUAAGUCUUGGCUAAGACGUGAUUUAUGCCACUUCUUUUUCUGUCUCAUUUCGUCCACAAAACUCAUAACGUUGUGCAUGAAUGCACAAAGGUGAGUUUUGUUGAUGUUAUUGACUUAUGUGGAGUGUGCUAAUCAGACAUAUUUGGUCACGGCAUGACUGCAAGCUAAUCGAUGCUAACAUGCUAUUUAGGAUAGCUGUAUGUACAUAUUGCAUUAUUAUGCCUCAUUUGUAGCUAUCUUUGCAUCCAGCCUUUCCUUCCACCCACAUUUAAUGCCAAACAAACACAUACCAGUCGUUGGUUAGAAGGCAAUCGCCAAAUUCGUCCUUGCUUCCUCCCGUGCCGCUGUCUGUCGUGUCGUUUUCGUCGUUUUCGCUUGUAAACGGUUCAAAGCGAUAUGGCUCAAUAGCUUCAGUUUCUUCUUCAAUUUCGUUUUCGCUACCUGCCUCCACAUCCGUUUCAAUACAUGCAUAAUCUGUUGAAUCGCUUACGGCGCUGAAAUCCGAGUCUGAAUCCGAGCUAAUAUCGCUAUACCUUUCUGUGCUAUCGGCCAUGUUUGUUUCUGUGUGGUCACGCUGAGAUGUCACAGGAUAAUGGACGGGUGGAUAUAACAGCGGUUAAAAUCAGGCACUUUGAAGCCGUUUUUAGGGAUAUUGUGUGAUGGGUAAAAUUUUGAGAAAAAUUUCGAAAAAUAAAAUAAGCCACUGGGAACUGAUUUUUAUUGGUUUUAACCCUUCAGAAAUUGUGAUAAUGUUCCCCUUUAAGAUAGCACAAAUACAACUGUAUGAGUCAAGUUUAUUCAAUUUUGCAACAGAAUCACUUCUCUGUAUUAAAUACAACAAAAAGUACAUCUCAGAGGAAAGAAAUAUCUACAGCUGCAGGAACUAGCGGCACUAAUGUCAACUGUAAGAAUCACUGAACAAUAAAUCCGAUCAACUUUUCAAUCUGACUGCUUGGGAAAGUUUGGAAAUGUCUACCAUUUUUGGAUUAUUCAAAGUUGGACACCGUCCAUGGGAAGUACAAUAUUUGUAUUUCUUUUUUCCUGUAAAAUAAUGCACACACAGAUAUAAAUAUUCCGCUUAACAACUGGAGUAGUCUUUAAAUAUAUUCUACUGAUGGACAAAUGAAUAGAAAUAGGCUAAAUGAAUAAAUGAACAGUCAAUCAGCAUGCUAAAUCAAACUAUAAGCUACAUUCUUGUAUGACAACAGAACGGCUAGCACAGGGGUCGGGAACCUUUUUGGCUGAGAGCCUUGAAAGCCAAAUAUUUUAAAAUGUAUUUCCGUGAGAGCCAUAUAACUGUCAGGUUCAAACACUGAUGACAUUUAUCAAACAGACAAGAAGCAAGGAAUUAAACAGAGACUGGAUUCAAUUUAGCUCAAUAAGGAGAAACCCGUUGACCUGGACCCUUGAACAGUGUCGUCCCGCGGUCUGACAAGAGAAUUCUACGUCUCCUCUUUCAUUUGGACUUUCCCUCAUUAUAACAACUUAAUGCCUGCAUCUCUUAUUCUUUUUAAUGACAUUGUUAUUCUGAAGCUAACCAAUAAUUAAUGAAAUACUUUUGACCAUUAAUGUGACUUCUUGAACAGACGUGGUAGAAACGGAUGGAUAGAUUAAAAUGCAUGAGAAUGUUUUAAAUUUUGAACGUUAUUUUUAACACUGUGAUUACCAGCGGAAUUAUUCAUUUCUUAUCGUGUUAAGCAACGUCAGCUAAGAUUUAUCUGAGAGCCAGGUGCAGUCAUCAAAAGAGCCACAGGUUCCCUACUCCUGGGCUAGCAGAACAGAAGGCAGAGGAAACUAAACCUUUUGAUUUACUAUUUGCGAGUUGAAUUUAGUUUCGGAUCACUAACGUUGUUAGCAUAAAAGAAUGGAAUUUAACAUAGAGAAAAUUAGCAUCAGGGCUAUAUCGACCCCAGUAAUAUCAACACUUUCCUGACUGGAUGAAGUCCUUGGGCUCAAAUACUAGUGUGGCCCUCAAUAGCCCCGCUGUAGUGUGGAGCAUGCUGGGAAUUAUCUGAGCAUGUGAUUACCAUGAAUUGAUGAACGUGGACCCCAAUUUAAACAAGUUGAAAAAUGUAUUGGGGUGUUACCAUUUAGUGGUCAAUUGUACUGAAUAUGUACUGUACUGUGCAAUCUACUAAUAAAAGUUUCAAAUCAA